AUGGCAAUAUCUGCCUUAUUGUUGGUUGGAGGAACAUUCUUAUCGUCCGGUAAAGCUACACAUUCCGUAGGAGUUUGCUAUGGAGUAAAUGGUGAUAAUCUACCAUCAAAGCAAGCAGUUGUGGAUUUAUAUAAAACGAAUGGCAUAGGUGGAAUGCGUAUAUACAGUCCGAAUGAAGAAACACUUGAGGCCCUUAGAGGUUCAAACAUCGAGUUGAUCAUGGACGUGGCUGGGGAAACCAUUCAAUCUUUGACAAACUCCGAUGCUGCCACAAACUGGGUCAAUAAGUACGUGACACCUUACUCUAACGACGUCAAAUUCAAGUACAUCAAUGUUGGAAACGAAGUUCACCCUAGUAACACUGUGGCCCAAUACAUUCUACCUGCCAUGACUAACAUCCACAAUGCAAUUUCAUCAGCAAAUUUACAAGAUCAAAUCAAGGUGGCAACAUCGAUAGACGGUACUGUGAUUACCAACUCCUACCCACCCAAUAAUGGUGCUUUCACCGCUGAUGCAAUGCCAUAUAUAACACCCAUUAUAAAAUUCCUAGUAGAAAAUGGGACCCCACUUCUUGCCAACGUGUACCCCUACUUCGCCUAUGCUAAUGAUCAACAACAUGUUAGUCUUGCAUAUGCUCUUUUCACCCAACAAGGAAACAAUGAUGUUGGGUACCAAAACCUUUUUGAUGCUAUGGUGGAUUCAAUAUAUGCUGCUCUUGAGAAAGUGGGAGCGUCUAAUUUGCAGAUAGUUGUUUCUGAGAGUGGGUGGCCAUCUAAUGGUGGAAAUGGAGCCACUACUGAAAAUGCAGGAACUUACUAUGCUAAUUUGAUUAGUCAUGCAUCGGGUACGAGUGGAACUCCAAAGAGACCUGGUAUUCCUAUAGAGACUUUUUUGUUUGCCAUGUUUGAUGAAAACCAAAAGCCGGGUGCAGAAACUGAGCUACAUUUUGGUCUCUUCACUCCUGAUGAAGCAACCAAAUAUAGGCUCAGUUUCAAUUGA